GGUCUUGAAAAUCUCGUCUUUUAUAUCUCCAACAGCCCUCUUCAACAUCAUAUCGCAAAAUGACACAAAGCCCAUUCUCUACUUUCGGCUACCAGACCGCUAUGCCCUCCGGCUCCAGUUUCAAACCAAAGCGUAAGAGGAUGUCUUGGGGCCCGGAAGAAGAAGAAAAUGGUGCCAAGCACAUGCGUAUGCUUUCUCCUACUCUCAACCACCCCGGUUUCCCUUUGCCUGAGCUUGUCGCGGACCAUUCAAACAACGCGUCAGAUGACGACCAAGUCAUGGACAUGGACCAGGACAUGCCCGACAGUAGCUCCGCCGUUGGCCCCCCUUCGCCGGCCGAAGGGUACGCUCAAAACUCAUAUUCAUACGGUGCCAGUGGUAGCGGAGGUUUUGGCUUCGGACCCGGCGCGGAAGAGGAUGAGUUUGAGAUGGAUAUGAUGGAUGAUAUGGGCACCAUUCAAUCGAAAAAUUACCCAUCUCUCACCCCUCACCCCAAUCCUCAUCAUUUUUCCAACCCUGGGAACAACCACAAUCUUAGGGGUACAUCACCACUUGCUGCUCAGCCUUUCAGUACCGCUCUUCCCGCACCUCCAGCACGCGGCAUCUUCCAGCCCACCGUCUCGGGCCCGCUGGCUCCUGACGCAUCGGAUAUCGAGCGCGCUAGGUCUCAACAUGGCCCUUGGUGCCAAAGUAUUCCCAAGCUCAUCAUGAGCGAGUACCCCGAUGCCAGCGGCAGAAGGUCAAUGUGGACUGUUUGCGGCGACUGCGGAGCUUGCGAAAAGACUCAGGACUAGUCGCUCAAUGAUAUUUUCAAUGUAGAUGUAGUUGUGGGUCGCUUUAUACAAAAGACUCUGGAUGGGCUUAGGUAUUGUUGUAGAUUGUAGUCGGCUCAGGUAUGUGCUUUUAUCAUUAAAAGGAUGCAUCGUAUGUCUAUGUACAAAAAUUGAAAUUCAAGCGGCAUGCAAGUGGAUUGUCCAUCCG